AUGAACUUCAUAGACAUAAUAGCUAUAAUUCCAUACUUUAUAACGCUAGGUACUGUAAUCGCUGGAAAGGAGCAUGAGUUCGAUCUCCCAAAAGCACCAGUUAGUCCCCAAGAUAAAAGUACAAAUCAAGCUAUGUCACUAGCGAUUUUAAGAGUGAUUAGACUAGUCAGAGUAUUUCGAAUAUUUAAGCUAUCGAGACAUAGCAAGGGUCUCCAAAUACUUGGAAGAACUUUGAAAGCUUCAAUGCGAGAACUUGGACUACUCAUAUUUUUUCUUUUUAUA